AUGUUGACUUUGCUGUCUUUCGCUGCGCUGGCAUUCCUGCCGUCGGCGAACGCGCUCGUGAGGAAGGAGAACGUGGGGAGACUUCCUGCUUUGGGUUGGAACUCGUGGAAUGCCUUUGGCUGCGAUGUGGAUUCCACCAAGAUCAUGACUGCCGCGAACGAGAUGGUGAAGCUUGGUCUGAAGGACCUUGGAUAUGAAUAUGUGAACAUUGAUGACUGCUGGUCCGUCAAGGACACGCGCAAUUUGACGACCAAACGCAUUAUCCCGGAUACCUCCAAAUUUCCAGGGGGAAUUUCUGGGGUUGCUGAUCAGGUGCAUGACCUGGGGUUGAAAAUCGGUAUUUAUAGUAGUGCUGGGGAGACUACUUGUGCCGGGCAUCCCGCUAGCUUGGGGUAUGAGCAGGUCGAUGCAGAGGCUUUCGCGGAGUGGGGAAUCGACUACCUCAAGUAUGAUAACUGCGGGGUCCCCAGUAACUGGACUGACCAGUAUACCGCCUGUGUCCCCGAUGGGUCUGGCAACUUCCCUAAUGGGACUUGUCCUGACCUCUCAAACCCGGCUCCGGCCGGUUAUGACUGGGCACAGUCUAAGACCUUCACGCGCUAUACUAUGAUGCGUGAUGCUCUCUUGGCCCAGGACCGCACCAUCUUGUAUUCACUCUGUGAUUGGGGCCAGGCUGACGUGAACACCUGGGGCAAUGAGACGGGCAACUCGUGGCGUAUGUCGGGCGACAUCCAAGCAAAUUGGCCUCAUGUCGCUGAGAUUGCCAACGAGAAUAGCUUCAGGAUGAACUAUGUUGGAUUCUGGGGCCACCCGGAUCCUGAUAUGCUCGAAGUUGGAAAUGGAAACCUCACAAGCGAGGAGAACCGAGCACACUUUGCUUUGUGGGCAGUCAUGAAGUCACCAUUGAUUAUUGGCACUGCGCUCGACAACAUCACCGAUGCUAAUCUGGCUGUCCUAAAGAACCAGUACUUGAUCGACUUCCACCAGGAUCCCGUUGUGGGACGCUCUGCUCACCCUUACAAGUGGGGAUACAACCCUGACUGGACUUUUGAUCCUGUCCACCCUGCUGAGUACUGGUCGGGUCCAUCCUCUACUUUGGAGGGAACCUUGGUGUUGAUGUUGAAUUCGGAGGACUCUACUUCGACUCGUAUUGCCUCGUGGAACGAGAUUCCAGAACUGAAGGGCCAUGACGCGUAUCAGGUGAUUGAUGCCUGGAGCGGCGAGGAUCUUGGGUGUGUCAAGGAGGCAUACAGUACCUCGUUGGCCAGCCAUGACGUGGCUGUGCUCGUGGUGAAGGGGGCCUGUUAA